AUGGCCUCCUCCGAAUUCGGAUGGAGAAGGUUCAACUUCUUCGAUAGAUCCGUCGUUUUCGAUCGAGACAAUCGGACAGAGAAGUUCGGCGGACUGAAGGACGUCUCGAUCGACUGCUGGUGCCGUUCCGGAGGCUCCGUGUACCUCGGAGAAGCGAAGGGAGGAGUCUUCCAGUCAGUUCUGUCCCCUCUCUUUCCUUCUUCCAACUUCCUCUUCCAGACUCACAAACCAGUACGAUGAAUACUAUUGGAAGGCGUACCAGAAGUCGUUGGCAGCUUUACAUUCGGCCGACAAAUAUCUGUUUUCAAUCGGAGAGGACGAUGACACAGUGAACACGCUUCUGAAGAUUUGGGAUCCGGAACGAGUGGGGAAGAACACCCCGCACGUGAUGCGGACCGUCCGCAUGUCUCCGUUGAACCCGACCUCCGCGGGUCCCGCCUGCUCCAUCGCCGUCCACUCGAGUCUUCAAGGAAUCGUCGUCGGCUACACUGACGGAACUGUUCUUUACUAUUACGGGGAUGUUCUGCACGACAAGGCGCUGCAGUCCAAGUGGGUCCGCGUUCGGGACUCUUCGACUGGCGACGGCGCAGUCACUGGACUGGCGAUCGCUGCGCUGCCCGGAUCUAAAACGGUCAUCUUUGUGAUUACUCAAAAGCACGUGUACUCGUACAUAAUCGAGAAUAACAAGAUCAUCACAGGAUACAAGAAGCACGAUGCGAACGGAGCAACUGCCGACUGCUGGACGUUCGACGAGAGCACCGGCCAAUUGAUAGUCGCCAGUCGGGAGAUGCUCUUUUUCUACGACGCCGAUCAGUGCAUUGACGUGGACGGAGAAGUGGGAAGAUGUUUGCAGCUGGGCAGAGGAUUCGAGAAACUGCAGUUGGUGGCCAACGGACAAUACUUGGCAGUUCUCACGAAGCAUCACGCGGUCAUCCAGAAGGAGGCCGAGUUCAUGACAAUGUUGACGGUUUAUGAUGUGAAGGGGCAGUACAUCGGAUUCUCGUGCUCUCUUCCCAAUCUGUGCCGUCUUUUCGUUGCCGGAAACACGAUGCGUGUGCUCAGCCACGACGGAGUUCUCUCUGAAUUGAUCGAAAAGAAUCUCGCCACAAAACUGGACAUUCUCUUCAAGAAGAAUCUGUUCGACGUGGCCGUUCUAAUUGCCCGGAAUUCCAAAGACGGAGCGGAGCAUUUGAAAACGAUUCACGCAAAGUACGGAGAUUAUCUGUAUGGAAAAGGGGACUACGAGAAUGCGAUUCAUCAGUACAAAGAUACUAUUGGGAUGCUGGAGCCUUCGUACGUCAUGAAGAGGUACCUGGAUAGUUCGCGAAUUAAAGAGCUGUGCAUCUAUCUGGAAUGUCUGCACGACGCCAAAAAAGACAAUGAACACCAGACGAAGAUUCUGAUGAAUGCGUACGCGAAGCAAGGCGACAAGAAGAAGUUGAAAGACUUUGUGAACAAGAUUAACGACGGAACGAGGACCGCCAGAAUCAAGGACAUCUUCGAGAUCCUUCUCAAGUGGAACUAUCUCCAGGAGGCGGAGACCGUGGCCACCAAGUUCCAGUUGCACGAGGAUGCUCUGAAUGUCAUCAUUCAUUACCAGCACAAAUACUCGAUGGGCGUCGCCUACAUCUCCAAGAUGCCGAUUGAAAGUGUGAUUGAAAUGACGGGAAAGUACGGGAGAGACCUUCUUCUGCACGCGAGGGACGAGCUCAUGCACGUGCUCUGGGAAAAGAUCCGCUCGAAUACGGAUCCGCAGAACAACUUUAUGCGAAUUUUCGACAUCUUUAUGGGCGAUAUCGAAGCCUCGCAGGCCUUCCUCGGAUACGUACUCAAUCAGACGAACGCCGUCGAUCAAAAACUCGUAAAUCUGAUUCUCGAGCAUCGUAUUCGAUCGUACAAGCCAGAGGAAUGGAGCGCUCAACGUCUUCAAGACGAAAUCUUGAAGUAUGUGACCAAGGAGAACGAGGAUACGACGCUCCAGAUGGCUCAGAUGUUCGACUGCACUCCGCUCAUUGAGCACAUUCUAAAUGGAGCGCAUCGGUCGAUGGAACUGAUGGUGUACUACCAGGAGAAAGGGGAUUUGGAGGCAGUUAUCAAGUUGUGCCGAACGUGUCCUAAACAUGAGUUAGUUUCUAUGAUAUCGAUUGAGAAGAAAGAUAAUUUUUUUUUUCAGAAAGAACCGCCUCUGGCUGGACGCUCUCACGUUUAUCGGAAAGAAAGCGACCGUUGAGAACGAGCCGAUGAUCAUUGAAUUUCUGAAAGAGUACGUUAAAGAAGUGAGCCGCUACACUACAUUCAUAUUCUUUUUUCAGAAUCGAGCAUUCUGACCUCAUUCAUCCGCUCGUCGUCCUCGAACUUCUCUCUAAAAAUGAGCAUCUGACGAUAUCAUCCGUCCGAGAAUACGUGAUCAAGUGGCUCCGGAAGCAGCAGGGGUUCAUAGAACAAGACAGAAAAACGAUAAAAGAGAACGAAAAGGCGAUGGGCGAACUGGACUCAACUGUCGAAUCGCUGAAGUUCGAGUGAGUAAUUCUCAUUGAAAACAUCCGAAUAACCUUUUCGAUUGCAGGGCUCAAGUGCUCCAGCAGUCGAAAUGCUCCGCGUGCGAUACUCCCCUCCAGUUGCCUACUGUUCAUUUUCUCUGCAAGCACGCCUACCACGUCCACUGCUUCGAAUCGUACACGGACGGAACCGACAAGUGCCCGGCGUGCCAAACGAAUUAUCAGGAAGAGAGACACGAAGAAAUCAGCUAUCAGAAGUUCCAGAAGGAACUGGCGGAAGCGACGGACGGGAUGGAACUGAUUGCCGCGUAUCUGCAGAGAGGGCUUUUCGACGAGAAGAAGAAGAAAAGAAAGUCGGAGGUUGGUUAUUUAGAAGAACGGAAUAAUCACGUGUUAUUUACAGUCGAGAACCGCGGGAACCGUCGGAGCAAGCGGAAGAGCAUCGACGACGACCACGAAUCCAUUCGACGACGACGAGACGGCGAGCAUCUCCCGCACAAUGUCGACGGCCUCGAGCAGCGUGGCCACCGGUCGGCACAGAUCCACGACUCGCAAGGACGACGACGCCACGAAUCCGUUCUUCAGUACGAACCCAUUUGAUUGA